AUGGCACCAGUUAGAAGAUCAUCUAGAAAUAAAAAUAAAACUCCUAAAGCAAGCUCACCUAAGAAGAAUACUACUGUCAACAAAAGAAGAUCAAAUAAAAAAAAUAAUAAGAAUGUUGCACCAAAAAUUGAAGUAUCAAGUGCUGAUACUACUAUAGAACUGGAUUUAAAUUCGUCACCAAUUAAAAGAGUCGAGUCGCCCGCAAUAAAUCAAGAAACAAAUAAUCAAGUCAGUAGCUCACCGAUUAGAAAAGUCGAUCUGCCCAAAAGCCAUAAUAACAGUGUAACUGCAACACCAACAAAACAAAAGAAGAAUAAUCUUCACAAUCAUAAUAUAAGAAGGAAGAAAAGUGUUUUAUUUUCAGAUGAUUUAGUGUCAGAUUUACCAAGUACACCAGAUAGGACAACUCCAAAACGAUCAAUUUUAAAAACCUGUGAUAUUAACUCCAAAACAAAUUUAACUGAUCCAAAUAAUUCUAUACUAUGGGAAAAAUCACCUUCAAAACAACCACAUGGACCUAAAAGUACAAAUUUUUGGUCACCAGGGACUAUAAUCCAAUUACCACCAAACUCUGAUGAAUUGCCUUUGCUACUAGAAGGAUGUUUAGCAGUUUUAAAAAUAAGAUCUUUUGAUAGAAAAUUUGAAGUUUACGCAACAUUAAAUGCAGUUUAUAAAUCAAAUCCAAGUCAAACUUUAUUAAAAUUGUUUACAACUACAGAAUCUUUUACAGAAAAUGAACCAAAACAGUCAACUUAUCUUCAGAUAUUAAUUUCAUACCUAAUAAGAGAUAUAGAAGAAAUUGAAGAACAAAUAUUUACUUCAGAAGCAGAUGAUAAAGAAAAUACCUCCCCCACUAAAAAUGACCCAUUUAGAGUAAGAAUAGUCAAUCAAGCAUUAAAAUUGUUGAAUUUUUUUAUGUCAGACACAAAUUUAAAUGAUUUAAUACGGCUUGAAGAUGCAGAAUGGGUAUAUAGACAUGCAAGUUUAAUGUUGACACAUCCACGUAUUUCAAAAAAUUUAGUUUCACCGUAUUUAUGUUUAAUCAAAGAUUGUCACUUGAGUCCCAAGAGAAAACGUAGCUUAUUUUCAAAUUGUGAAUUAAUUGAGAAAAUGUUGUAUGCAUUAAUGAAUAUGAAUAGUUUUCCAAGUGCUUCCUUGAUAUCAGAAAAGUUAUUAUGUAUUAAGAAUUAUAUAAUAAAUUUCCCAAGUUUUAUGUCAAAAAACAUUGGGCAUUGGUUCGAAGUUGUUUUGCUAAAUUUAUGUAAUAUAACACUGUCGUUGUAUUUAAAAUGUUUAGGCUUAGGUGUUCAUUGUCUUUUGGAAGCCGCAAAGACCUUUUUGGAUAAUAGUAAUGUUCAUGUAUAUGUUAUGGAGCUUUUAUCAUCAACGAUAUCCAACAGAGUCAAAUUUUUUUCAUCUGAUGAAGAGUUUUCUCAAGACUUAAAUCUGUUGAAUUCACAAAAUGUUAGACUAGUUGAUUUUAUAAUAUCUAAAUUGCAAACGUUAUGUGAUGCUGAACAAUACAAAUUGUCUUUAGAUUUAUGGAUGGCUUUGACUGUUUUAAUUGGUAAUGGUAAAUGUGCAUUUGAAAAAUGGCCUCAUUUAAAUUCAUGGCUACAAGUUCCAAGAAGAUGUCUUGAAUCAGAGAACUCCGAUGUUAUGGAAUUAGCUUUGAACUGUUGGAAAGCUGUCAACUUCAAUUUAUGCAAAAAUGGUUUAGCAAGUAUGAGAAAAGAAUUGGAUCCAAUACUAAGACUACCAGCUAAUAAAGAUAAAGUCAAUAUGAUCAAUCUGAUCAUGAAGCCAAAAAUCAAGUUAUUGACUCAUGUAUUUACCACUAUGAAUAUCUCAAAUUUACUGGAUAAUGUUAUUGCUUCACUACAUAAUUUAUUUUUAGGAUUAUUGUACAUGAUGUUGGGUCCAAACAUUUUGAGACUGUGGUCAAAACAUAUUUACUUGUUCUGGGAUAAAAUUAUACAACCAGUAUUUGUCAGUUUUUAUUUCAAAAGGGACAUUUCGAACCCAAGUCUUAAUUAUCUUGGGUUAGAAAUUUUGAAGAAAUUAUUAGAAUCGAAUUCAACAUCAUCAAAGUCAUUUAGUGAUAUGAGGAUAUUGUCAAAUGAGAUAUUAAAGUUGAAUGACAUCAAUUCGCUUCCUUCCAAAUGGGUUCAUUCUCAUUUUGAUAAGAUUAUGCAGAAUUUAUACUUGGUGUUUCUGUUGAAUUCUUUAAAAUUUGAACAUAAAUUAUCCUUUUUAACGUCAUUCUUUAAUAUUAUCAAGCCCAUAACAAAGAAGGAAAAUACUCCUUCUACUACAACUUAUGAUCUAAUUGACAAUCUUCCAUUAAUUUUGACACAAUUAUUAAAAUCAGAAGAUACAAAUACCAGUGUUGGAACAAUAACUAAUAUUAUACUAGAACUUCAUGAUACUUUUAAUCCGAAUUAUUUGAUAUAUAGAGGUGAUGGUGAUAGCAUUAAUAUCUAUAUGAGUUUGCUUGAUAAGAACAAAACUAUUUCUGGUGAUGACUUGAACUAUCUAAUCUUAUUAGUUUUUAGAUUGUUAGAAACAACAAAAGUACUCAUUUUCAUUGUUGAUAUACUCAAGUCUGACAUAUUCAAUUAUCUGAACGGUUCAUUGUCAUUCAUAUCGGAUGUUUUAAUCAAAACAGAUGUGGAGUUAAGUAACACGAAUUUAAAAUAUUUUGGUGAAAUAUGUCAAUUUGUUCAAAAUGAUUUUGAUGUAUAUGUUAAAAAAUUAAUUCAAUCAAUAGUAUCAAUACCGAAUAUUGAAGAGACAUGCAGGUGCUUGACUAUGUUGAAUAUAGAAAAUUGGACAAUUGAAUGUGCACAUUAUGUAUUUCUAUUACUAAGAGGAGCUCCAAAUCAAGCAAUUCAUCAAUAUGUUUUAACCACAUUAUCAAAACGUCUUGAAACUUCAUACCAUCCUACAUUAGCAUUUUUGAUUCACAAUGAUUUUGCAUAUGAAAUCUAUAUGUUAAAAGACCAAAUAUUUGAAGGUAGUUCAAAGUUAGACUCUGCGGUUUAUACCAAUACUUGUGCAAUAUUGGGAGACUAUAUCAAAUUUAAAAUUGAUGAACCAGAAAAGAACUAUGAUGUAAUUGAUCAAUUAGCUUUAGGUUGUAUAAAAGUGUUCAAACUAAACUUACCAUUUUUAAAGAAGAAUCACUUGGAAUAUUUGCCAUUGGUAGACCAAGAACUAAAAUCACAAUUAGCUCAAAUAGUACAAGAAUCAAGUUCGCCUAUUGUAAAAAGAUCAUUAUCAGACUUAUCACUUUCAAUUCCAUCAGUUGUUUUUAAAGAUAUUACAGCAGGAUCUUUACCUCAAGAGCUUAGUCCUAUCUUUGAAGAGGAAACAAUUAUUCAAGAUUUGGUGAAUAAUAACUCAUGUGAGUCCUCAGGUCUUUCGGAAGAUAGAGUUGAGCCAUGUAAUACAAUGGAGGUCGACGCUGAAGUGGAAAUGAGAAUGGAAAAAGCUGUGCCAUCUAUUGAUCAAUAUAAUGAUUUGAUCAUGGAAGAACCAAUUGAAUCGACUUUAGAAAGUUUCAAUUCCAAUUCUGUAACAAUCACAGUAGAAAAGUCUAAUAAAGCUGAAACAUCAGAGUCAGAGCUGCUUGAAUCUGUGAAAAGUAUGGAAGAGUUACUAAUAGUGAAGCCAAUAAAUAAUGAAGCUGCUAAUCUCAAUAAUUCUAAAGAGGAAACAAUCAGUGAAUCUGAAAGUACAUUAAUCACUCAGACUACUGAAAACCCAAUUGGAAAUGGCUCUAAAGAGGAUACAAUCGCAAAUACAUCAUCAUCAUCAUCAUCAACUGAAAUCACUAACAUUGUUACUAAAGAAAAAGACAUAUCUUCAUCGAUAGCAAAAAUUUUGCCAGACUCAGUUGAAUCUAUCAACUCAUUAAUUGGACAAUAUGACACUAAAGAAUUAGUAAGAUUAUUAACUUCAAAAUCUCAAAAUGAACUAAUUAAUUUGAACAAGGAGGAGAAAUACGAGAUUGAAACAAAUUUACUAAAUUUUAUGAUAAGAUUACGACAAUCAUAA